GUCUCUAUCUGCCAACGUUUGAUCAGCAAAACGUCAAGCUAACUACUCGAGCUAAUGACUGCUGCUGGGUUGUGCUGCUGACUCAAACUUCUUCCGCUUUCGUCCGCUGUGCUGUCAGCCGCAGUUAACUGUUCCCUGGACUUGACAGCAGUCCGGCGCACGAGAUUUAACCAGUGAGGUAACCGAUAUAUUUUAAGGUAACAGUGCUCAUUACACCGUUAGACAUACACUUUAGUCACCGCAGCAGCGAGCCGUCCUGUUUUACUAGUUAAAAACUAGACCUACUUUUCCGUCUACGUGACGUCAUUAGAAAAAAAUGGGCAUUCAGGUGAUAGAGGAUAAAUCGGAAAAACAAGUAUCAACAAGGGAAAAGGCGCCCCCCAUUCCCUUGUUCAUAUGUUAACAUGAAGAGCGGGCGGAAAUUCCGGUACUUGGCAUGCUGAAUUUACACACUUGUCGACAUUGUGCAGAAACAUGGCGCGCCGUCAUAACAGUUAAGAAAAUUAUGUUGUGUGGUGUUUUUUUGUUUUUGUUUUUUUUACAAUUCGUAGAUUGCUUUGAUUUUCAAUCAUGACAACAACCCGCAGUAGUCGGUAUUUGAGAGACUCGAGCACAGCUUAUUUAUGAGUAGAGUGAAAACAGAUCUUCAACCUUGUUUCUAGUUUUCUCAGUCUGUUAUUCGAAGGACGACUUGGCAAAAUGAGAGUACCGAGGAUCCGAGGGGUACCUGAAUGCAGCGCAAGCGCAGCGUGUGAACAAUUUCCGGUGUCAAUAUAGCCAAAUGGUCAACAACUCGUCUUAGGCAGCGCUUCGGAUACAAUUUAUAAGUUAUUUUCAGUUGUUAACAGUAAAUAAGGUUUUGUAAGAGUCUCGAGAAUAAGAUUUUACAAAUUUAAAACAUAAGUGUUGAGAUGUAUGGUAGAUUGUCUUGAAUAAGUCCAUGUUGUUUCAGUGUUUUCACCACACUGAACAAGUGUCUGUCCUGGUAAGUUUUUACUGUAAACCUUCUAACGUAGUUUAUGAUAUUUAGGAUCCCGGAUAUUGAAUCAGCUAUUAUAAAUGCAGUCAAUCAUAAUCAGGUAACCAAAGCGUCGGGUGUUUUGACUGUGGCAGAGAUCACCCAAUCUAUCAAGUAGGGGAGAGUGGGGUAAAUUGAGCCAAAGGGUAAGUUGAACCACCCCCUGUUGCUUGGAAAUGGUAAAAGAAAUUGAUAAUGUGACCAAAUAUUAAGGAGAUAGGCAUCAAUUCAUGGAGUCUGUGAAGGUUAGAAACACAUGGGUGAAGGGGUUAGACAUUUAUUUACAAAAAACAUUUUUCACUCUUGAAAGUGAAUUUAGUCUGUCAUAGGUUUUAUGAGAUUUGUGUUCAGACCAAAAAGGAUCAUUUAAACAUUUUUUAGACAUCAGUUGUGGUAUCUGUGAGCUACAACAUGAGGUCAAAAACCUAGCAUAAAAGUCCACCAUUUUAGCUUCGAGGACUAAUAAAGUCAUAAUAGUAGUUCUGGGGUAAGUUGAGCCAUUUGGCUCCACUGAGAAAGUAAAGAAGUCUGAUGAGAGGAUCAGAGUUUCAGUUCAGAUUGUUGAAAUGUUUUACUUUUUCUUUUCAAAAAUACAGCUGUGAAUGUUCUGAAUCACUUAAAGACAUCCUCAUGUUAAAAUGACUUUUUACAAAACAGCUUUUUUGCAGUUACAUACAAUAAUAAUAAAAAGAAUUAUUGCAACCGUUGAAUGGCAUACAACAGAUAAAAAUACACAUGAAUGUUAAGAAGUGACUGUUAUUUAGGAAGAGGGGAGGUAAGGGAGGGCUGGGGUGAAGAGUGGGGGGGUAGUAGGGAUACGGCUCAACUUAUACCGUUCCUGUGGUCAACUUACCCCAUACACGGAGUAAGUUGACCAUAGGAGACCACUUUUUUUGGCAUGCUAUAUUAUCAAGACAGUUCUGUUUACACUCAUUCUGUUGGUUUGCAGCGAUGCACAACAUCUUGAAAUAUAUGCAGAUACACUAGUGACAGACAAAGGUAUGAUUGCCUUGAUGUAGUGUAGAGUCAUCUUACCCCACUCUCCCCUACUAAGUAUAUUGUUCAUUUAAACUUGACUUAAUCCUGGAUCAUGUAAAUGUAUGCUUCUCUUGUAGAUGAAGGUCAUCCAGCACUCUGUGCAGACCCUACAGACAGCUUUGAUCUCCAAACGCCAUGACUUGGUUGAACUUUACAGCAAGUACACGAGGGAAGAGCGUCGCCUUCUGGAGGAGGGAUUCCAAGCCGAUCAGCUAGGUUCACUUUUCCAGCCCAUCACAGUGCACUCUGAUUCUGACUGGAUCCCUGCUCACCCCGAGGAACCCCAAGACUUUGAGAGCUUUUACAGAGACCCAUACCGCAAGACUCCUGAUUCCAACCACAGUACUAUUUAUAUUCAAACCAUCGGUGAGUCUGUUCAUGCCAAGUACUGCCACAACUUUUGUGUUCCUCAGUGAAGAAUGAGUGAAGUGUGUUUAAGUUAUCUCCCAAUGACCAAUACAGCAUUAGAGGCAGUUGAUAUAGAACUAUAAACAUAGUUUAUGUUACAGAAUAACUCAAAUUCAAAUUACAUUCAAUCUUGAGUGGGAUUUUCAACACCCUUUUUUCCUUGUAGGUUCGUUUGGGGAAGCUGGGGCCCAGACAGACCAGUACGUGGAAUGGCUCAGAGACUACUGCCAAGCUUUUUUCUAUGGGCUCUCUGUCAAGCUGCUGCCACCAGUUACUGUGGCUGAAACAAGAUGCUCUUUCAGAAUCAACAGUAACUCAUGCAACCUUCAGAUUCUUACAGGUAAGCUAGGUCUGGCCUGCUCAUGUGCUGGAGUAUUUUGGCUGCUUUCCAUGCAGAAAUGUAAGAGAACUGAUGCUUAAUGUUUUGAAAGUUACACAAAACAUGCUUAAUUUUGCUUUGUUUUCAUUUUCUCUUGGACUGUAGGUGACCUGCUACGAUUCCUUGAGAAAAGGAAACCAAAAGAUGCUUUCUGUAUAGUUGGGUUAACUAUGAUAGACCUCUACCCCAAAGACUCCUGGAACUUUGUCUUUGGGCAGGCUUCACUCAGUUCCGGUGAGGUUUAACCACACGCCCUUGGCAUAGUAUCUCAACAUACAGCACAUCUGCUGUUAAAAAACAUUAUGUUUCUAGGAAGAGAUCAAUAAUCCCUGUAUUGCUAUUACUUGUACCAUGCAGUGUGAUUGAGCUGCCACUAGAUGGUGCAAAAGUCGUUUAUUUACAACACUGGGCAUUUUGUUAACUUCACUGUUGUUUCUCUGUUGUGCUUGCAGGAAUGGGUGUUUUUAGCUUUGCCCGGUAUGAUGACAACUUCUACAGCAGAAAUUAUGCAGGGAGGCUGAGGAAACAGCUCCAGCCAAAGCAAGGGGACUACUCUGUGUUUGAUGGAUACUACACUCCCCCUAUCAGCAGCACUCUGCUCCUUCGAUCCUGCAAGGUCUUGAACAUAUUUUCUCCUCUGGUUACAAACACUCUGUUCCAUGAACUUUCAGCUAGUUUUACUAAAGACCCUUUAUCCCUGUAAUCAAUACCAUUGAUAAGGAGAAAAAAACAACUGGUGGUUGAUUAUUUUUUUUUUGUAUGUGUGUGGGCUUGACUGUUUUGGUUAUUCAACAACACUGCUCUUAAUGUCUCUUUUCAGACCAUGACCCAUGAAAUUGGCCACAUGUUUGGCAUAUUGCAUUGCCAGUGGUUGAACUGUGUCAUGCAGGGCUCCAACCACCUGGAGGAGUCUGACCGAAGGCCCCUUGAUUUCUGUCCUGUCUGCCUUCGCAAGAUACAAGUCGCAAUCGGCUUUGAAAUAGCCGAAAGAUAUCAGGUAAAAGAAAAUGAUGUGAGAGGAGUAUAUUAUUGUGAUUACUAAACAAAAUGUAUCAUCCGUGUACUGAGAUGCGAGCAUAUAUGAACAGUACAACUACAGAAAUCCUGUUCAGACGUCACAAUAAAAUUGUUAUCACAACCUUCCUAAAACAGCAAAUAUUUGAAAUACUCCAUGCUUGCUCAUUUGUUUUGUAACUUGAUCCUGGGUCAGUGAGUCCAGCCACUCAUGCCAAAGUAAUCCUGGUUAUUACAACGCACUUUCUAGAAACACCCAUACAACCCACAGAGAACUGCCUCACACGCAAAAGUUCAGCUUCAUUGUUUGGAACUAGUUCUCAAUAAAAGACAUCUGCCAUACAAAAUCAGACUGUUUCCUAAUGAUAGAUAGUAUCUUAAAAUUUACAUACAGUAUUAAAGUUUUAGAAAGUACUUCAACCUCUCUUUUAUUUCAAAAUCAUUUAGUGAAAAUAAAUAAUAAUCAGAGAUUUAAAAAAAAAUCUAUACCAAAACAAAGACUCCUUAUUUGAGGGAACUGGUGCUAGAAAAUACAAGUCUUAUAUAGUGGAGCAAUUUGUUGCAUUCAUUAUUCUAAUGGUUUAGCAGCAGAUACUGUAUGUCAGCCAAAUGGGCAAAAACAGUCACAUACAUCGAUGUUUGACAUGUUUUUGUGUUUAACAGGCCAUACUGCGCUGGAUUCAGGAGGAUCAGAGUCCAACUUCCCAUCAGCCUGUGCCCCACUUUCCCAAACCUACAGAAGCUUUUCACACAUCCAGACUGUGGCUGUGCAGGUGCUUAGACAUACUGCAAAGUAUUUAAACUGUAGUUAUAAGAAGUAUGACUCAAUAAAACUGGGAAAUCAGCGCAGCAGCUCUAAAGUACUCUUGUUGCUCUGCUGACCAUUUCUUCUGCUUUUUGAUCACAAACAACAAACCCAAGUUUGUUUAUAUGACUACAGAUUUUGUCUGUGCAGUGAUGGUGAUCUGUUUGGGAUGCUUGUAUAUGGCUGAAAAAUGCAAAUACGGCUAACUGUGACAAGAUAAACUAUUUUCAUAUUUUUAUGAGCAAUUCCUGAAACCACUGCUGUGGGGGAGGUAAGAUGUCAAAGUCAUGAUCUGCAUGCUAUCUCUUCUCACAACAAAGAUCUGCGGUAUUGAACUAAUUUAAAAGCAGAGUUAAGCUUUGGGUUUAAAAUGAAAAGAACGCCACAGAGGUGCAGGACAGUAUAAUGAAUGGUAUUUGUACAUUUACAGGGGUGCCAAAAUUGAAACAAUAAGGAAAGUUAGUCAGGAUAGCUUCAAAAAUGGAAAACAUGAUCAGCUAAAGUUGUUUCUACCAAAAACUGAACAAUAUACUACAAUUUUGUUUUGUUUAAAUGAAAGAAGAAUCAUGAACACAAAAUAUGUUUUACUACAAGGCGUGCAAUAUGUUAAAUAUGUGCUGUGUGUUGCAUAUGGGAAUCUUAGAGUUGUUGUACAGUUGUCAUAAGUUGAAUGGAAUGGUGUACAUACAAAAGCUGUUGAAUAAGAUUCAUUAAAGUUCGGAAUUAUAAAGAAAGACAUGACUCACAAUUUAAAGGUUCAAAUCACAGAUUUUUUUUAUUGUGAUUGAACAGAUUUUCAUUACAAAAAUAGUUCAAGUCUGACCUCUUAUAUCAAAUAGUGCAUUACCAUCUUGGCAAAAGCUUGAUUAAAAAAGAUACUUCUAAUCACAAA